UCACUCGUCCGAGUUCACAAUAAGAUGUAGUGCCGUUAUGUUCAACUUUGCAACCUCUCUCUUACCACAUCUUCCUUACCCCAAUUUAAACUGAACGAAAAGAACUGACGAUGAGCGAUGCCACGGAUGUUGCACUAGCUGUAUCGCUGAAUGUCACGCCUCGGAAAAUCCAAGUUUCAUUGUUCCUUCUGCUGUAAUUAUUUUUAAGAUGUAGUGGCAUAAUUACUUGGACGUGUUUUUGGUGAGUGGAGCGUGUAAUGGAGAAAAAGUGGUGAUCACCUACUCCACUUUUCGUCUUUUAGUUAAUAUUUUUGUAUUUUUAAGUGUAUUUUUACUUAAAGCCGGGCUGUUUUUGCAAGUUUUUAAAUAUGAAAAUUGUGACAUGUACUUUUGUAAAGUGUGCUUUCUGCUCUUCUAUUUUAUAAAGUUUGCAAAGUGUAUUUGGGCAAAUGAUUUGUUUCAAAAUGACGAUGAUGUUUUAAUAAUAUCUCAAACUAAGGAAGAUGAGGAAGAUUCAGAUACAGCUACAGGAAGAGUUUUCGUUACAAUAUUUGGAUUUCCAUCGAAAUGUGAAAUUGAGGGAACAUUUUAUCCCUGCACUUUAUCGUUAGCUUGCUGGUGGGUGGGAGGAAUCAACACAGGCGGAUGUGGAGGAAAUUCUUGGAUAGUAUCGUGUUGCGUUAAGAGAGUGAGGAAAAACAUCAAACAGGAUCAAAGCCUUUUAUAUAGAGGCGACAAGGACGUUAAGAAAUAUCAAAUAGCAGAAGAGCCGGUGCCCUAUUUGCAAAAAAGGAACGACGACGCUGAAGACGAAUGUGGCCUGUCAGGAAGCAGGGUAAUUUCGAAAAGAAUUAUUGGAGGAAAGGAAGCACGGUUUGCCGAAUAUCCCUGGCAGGCGCUUCUUAAAAUAUCUACGUUCCAGUGCGGUGGUGUUUUAGUGUCACGAAAAUUUGUGAUAACCGCUGGCCACUGCGUGGUGAAAGCGAAGCUGAAAGACAUAAAGGUUUAUCUUGGCGAGUUAGACACUAUGGAUACAGGAAAAGUGUUCGAAUAUGAACCUGCAGAACUACAUAGCGUCACGCGUAAAAUCCUUCACCCGCGAUUCCAGUACAAGCUAAUCCAGUUGGAUAGAUUUGAUAUCGCCCUACUGGAAAUGUUAACUGAGACAGCUUUUUCUUAUCAUAUUUUCCCAAUUUGUCUUCCGCAACGUGAUCUAACGUUACGAGGAAGGAAGGGUAUAGUUACCGGCUGGGGCAAGAUAAAGCCAUCCACGGAGAUGAAGGGUACAAAUGUUCUUAGAAGUGCAACAGUUCCUAUAUUAGACAUCGAAGAAUGCAACAGCUGGCAUCGCAAAAAGCAAAUCACGGUGGAGUUACAUGAAGAUGUAUUGUGUGCGGGACACCCAGAUGGGCAUCAAGACGCAUGUUUGGGGGAUUCUGGAGGUCCUUUGGUCGUUUUAGAAAAUGGACGCUGGGUAUUAGUGGGAAUAACCAGUGCCGGGUUUGGUUGUGGUGAGCCAUUGCAACCUGGGAUUUAUCAUUCAGUUGUAACGUCGGUGGAAUGGAUUAAGUCUGUAAUUUAUGUGUGAAAAUAUUCUAAUCAAUA